AUGUCUCUUCCUCCAGACCCACUUGCCGCAAAUGAGAUUCUUCACAAAGGCAAUCAACUAUUCGGAAGCGAGCACAGCAAGCAGUCAGAAUCCCUUGAAUCCAAAGUCCCAACUUUGACAAUCAACCAGACUUCAUUUUGCAAGGAAACCGGAACUAAAGGGCAUGCAUCCGAUUUACCAGAGGCGGGGGCCAGAUGGCACUCCAACCCUAGUGAGCCAAUCGCAAUUGUGGGCAUGGGCCUACGACUCCCAGGGGGUGUGAAUUCGCCUGAUGAGUUCUGGAAAUUUCUGAUCGAGAAAAGAGAUGGGCUCUGCGAAGUGCCCGAAACUCGGUACAAGCUGGAUUCAUUCUAUAGCGAUUCUAAGCCACACUCUGUGAAAACGAGGAAGGGCUACUUCCUUAAAGAGGAUCCGGCUUUGUUUGACGCCGAAUUCUUCUCCAUCAAUAAAUUCGAGGCAGAAAGAAUGGACCCGCAGCAGCGACAGCUGAUGGAAGUUGUCUGGGAGUGUCUGGAGAGUGCUGGAGAGACAAAUUGGCGGGGAAAGGAAAUUGGAUGUUUCGUUGGAGUAUACGGCGAGGAUUGGCUUGAAUUGGCAAGCAAGGAUUUCCAGAAUACUGAUCGAUAUCAUGUUCUUGGAACAGGGCAGUUUGCGCUUUCAAACCGAGUCUCUUACGAAUAUGACUUCCAAGGCCCGAGUAUGACACUUCAAACUGGAUGCUCAUCAUCUCUUGUCGGUCUGCAUGAAGCCUGCCAGGCGAUAUACUCAGGCGAAUGUACCUCGGCAAUCGUUGGAGGAACAAACUUGAUUUUCUCUCCCACUAUGACUACGACCAUGUCGGACAACAUGGUUUUAUCUCCAAGCGGGAUAUGUCGAACCUUUGAUAGAAAGGCAGAUGGUUAUGGGAGAGGUGAGGCGAUCAAUGCGAUAUAUAUCAAGCCGCUCAAAGAUGCCAUAAGAGAGAAAGACCCAGUGAGGGCUGUUAUUCGUGCAACAUCAACCAAUUGCGAUGGACAUACACCGAGUAUCACCACACCUGGCUCGAUAAGUCAAGAGCGUCUCAUACGAAAGGCAUACAAGAAGGCCAAACUAGACGACAUAACGCAGACGGCCUUCUUUGAAUGUCAUGGAACCGGGACGACGGUUGGCGAUACGGCCGAAACAUCUGUGGUUGCAAAGGUAUUUGGGGAAAAAGGAACUAUUAUUGGCUCUGUCAAACCUAACGUGGGCCAUUCCGAGGGAGCUUCCGGAGUGACCAGUAUCAUCAAGGCUGCCUUGGCUCUUGAAAACAACCAAAUCCCACCAAACAUUUUCUUCGACACGCCGAAUCCCAGCAUUCCAUGGGAAAAGGCCAAUCUUCAAGUUCCGACCUCAACCAUGGCAUGGCCGAAGGACCGUAGGGAAAGAAUCAGUGUCAACUGUUUUGGAAUUGGUGGAGCUAAUGCACAUGUGGUAAUGGAGUCUAUGGCUGCGUACUGUGGACAAGGCCCCAAUACACCAGAGCUGACACAGUCACUCGGAAAUGAAUCACGUCUUCUUCCCGUGUCUGCAAUGUCUCAGGAAUCUCUACAGCAGCGUAUUCAAGACAUUAUUGACUAUGCAAACAAUUACCCGGCUCUGCUCCCUGACUUGGCUUAUACCUUGGGUAAGCGACGAGAGCACAUGAAGCAUCGCGCCUUUGCCGUAGUGCACCCGGCGGACUUGGUAUUCGUUUUCACUGGUCAGGGUGCUCAGUGGCCGGGGAUGGGAAAGAACCUCAUGGAUACAUUUGAAAGCUUUCGAAAAGACAUUCAAGACAUGGACCUUGCACUCCAGGAACUUGAAAGUCCUCCAAAUUGGUCUCUGCAGGAUGAGCUCGCCAAGAUGGGUGGUGAGAGCCGAGUUAGCCAAGCUGCCUAUUCCCAGCCUCUUUGCACGGCCAUUCAAGUUGGGAUUGUGAAUAUACUGAAAAAAAUGGGGAUUCGCCCGGUAUCUGUUGUUGGCCAUUCCAGUGGAGAAAUCGCCGCGGCAUAUGCAGCUGGCGCAAUCACAGCCACGUCAGCAGUGAUUAUUGCCUAUUACCGGGGUAAAGCGAUACAAUCUCAGGAUGGGAAGGGUGCAAUGGUGGCGGUAGGUCUUGGUCGCCAGGCCAUUUUGCCGUAUCUAGAAGAAGGUGCGGUUCUGGCCUGUGAAAACAGUCCUGAUAACAUCACCCUAUCAGGUGACAUUAAAGUCAUCGGAGAUAUCACCGCGAAGAUCAAGAAGGAUUUCCCAGAUAUAUUAUGCAGACCUCUACGAGUCAAUACUGCGUAUCAUUCCCAUCAUAUGCUUGAAGUUGGCAACGGCUAUCAACUGUCAAUUGCAAGCCACCUCGAGUUUCGAGAUAAUAUGCUUCCUUUAUUCUCAAGUGUAACUUCGGCGAAAAUCACCAAUCCAUGUGAUCUCAACGCGACAUACUGGCGCCAGAACCUUCAGGCUCCUGUUCUCUUUCUAGAUGCUAUAACAGCCACUUUCAAAAAUACCGAAGACGCCCAAAUAUUCUUAGAGAUCGGUCCACACUCCACACUUGCAGGCCCUUUACGACAAAUCUUCAAGUCUGUUGCGCAUAAGAAAGAUCCAAUUUACAUCCCCACGAUGACGCGCUAUGUCGAAGAUUCAAGGUCUCAGCUGCUUCACACGCUAGGCUGUAUCCACAUGAAUGGUGGAAAUAUAGAUUUCUCAGCCGCAAAUGGCGAUGGAAUGGUUUUGUCAAAUUUGCCUACCUACCCCUGGCUCCACAAGUCUCGACAUUGGCAUGAAAGUCGACUGGCAAGAGAGUGGCGGCAACAGAAGUCACCCCAUCAUGAAAUUCUUGGCGCCCGAGUUGCUGAAUCUUCAGAUUUAGAGCCUUCGUGGAGAAACAUACUUAGACUUGAGAACGUGCCAUGGAUAUGGGACCAUGUGCUACAGGGCAAUGUCAUGUUCCCUGCCGCUGGAUACAUUUCAAUGGCUGGAGAAGCAAUUCGGCAGCUCAACCCCGGAGUGGAAGAUUAUUCGAUCAAACAAUUCGUUUUGAAAUCACCCCUUCUGAUGGAGGAUGAUCAAGCGGUUGAGAUUCUCACCACACUCCGGCGAGAGAAGUACAAUGACAUGGCUGAGUCAGAGUGGUAUGUAUUUACCAUCACGGCGUAUGAUGGCAAAGCAUGGACCAAACACUGUCAGGGACAGGUUAGAUCCGGUUAUGACUAUCCACCAAUUACCAGCGAGAUCAAAACCAAUAUUCGACCCGUCAAUAGUGAUCAAUGGUACCGGUACUUGAGUAAAUACGGUGUGAGUUAUGGCCCGACCUUUCGCGGGCUCACGAAAAUCUUUGCCCACCCGGUUGAGUACCAAGCCAAUGCAACAGUACUUGACCCGAAAGAUUACGCCAGCAGAUAUACUAUGCAUCCCAUAGUUAUUGACCAAACAUUACAACUCCUCAGCGUUGCAUCGGCAAAUGGAAUCGCGCGUCGCAUUGAUAGAUUUGCUAUCCCCGCUGCAAUCGGUCAUAUAUACAUCGGAGGUAACGCUCCGGAGAUGCAAAUAGAGAGCAGAAUGACCCAGAACGAGACGGGAAUCAUCACAGGGUCUUCUUACGUGAUUGCGAACGGAAUACAUUUGUUAUCCAUCAACCAAGCCACUUUCUUCACUGUGCAGGAUCGACCAGUGAAUAACACAUCUGUUCCACUCAUUUCAGAAAUUAGGUGGAUACCAGACAUUGAUUUCACGUCGCCCAGCUCAUGGGUUACUCCACCAGUCAUCUCUCAUAAAGAAAGAGAAUUUCGCCAAGAUGUACUUCCGGCCAGCUUUCUAUACAUCCUUGAGACAGCUUCCCGGAUAGCUUCGUGUACACCGAAAGAGCCGCAUAUGGUCAAUUAUAAGAACUGGAUUGACACAGAGGCUUCCAAAAUUUUGUCAGGGACCUACAAGAACCUUCACGGAGGCUUUGCAUGCAUUGAGAUGAGUUCGAAUGACAGAGUGGCUGCUCUUCAUGACAAAGUCAUGAAAUAUGAGAAUGACGCAGUUCAUUCCGGUGGUGUUUCUGCCCUGCAGACAGUUUUUGAGAACUGUGUUGAGCUUGUAUCAGGAGCAAAAUCAUCGCUAGACAUUUUGAUGGAGGAUGAAUCGUUACGAAAGUAUUAUGAAUGCAUCAAUGCAGCUCCUCUCUGGUUCGAAUUUCUCCAGCUCCUUGGAAACACCAAUCCAUCAUUGCGAAUUUUGGAGGUCGGCGCUGGAACAGGCACUGCGACCAGGAAUGCACUCGAUGAUCUCAAGUCACCAGAGGGUGUUUGUCUUUACUCGAAAUAUGUCUUCACCGAUGUAUCGGCUGCAUUCACCAUUGCCGCCCAAAAGGAAUUUGCCGCUUAUGAGAAUCUCGAGUUCAAGAUUCUUGACAUUUCGCGAGAUAUUGAGGACCAGGGCUUUGAGCCUCAUUCUUUUGACCUCGUGAUUGCUUCAAACGUUUUCCACGCAACCCCAUCUCUGAAGACGACCCUGCAGAAUGUACAUAGACUUCUGUCGCCUACAGGAAAGCUGCUAUUGUUUGAAAUGUGCCCUGAGUAUAAGUUGACAGAUUACGUGAUGGGGACGCUACCUGGAUGGUGGAUUGGAAAGGAUGACCAACGAGCUGAACGGCCAUACGUAUCCCCUGAGAGGUGGGACUGUGAGCUCCAGGCGGCUGGAUUUACUGGAUGCGAAGCAUUAGCCCACGAUUUUGAACAACCUUUCCAACACAACUUCACUAUGAUUUCUGGAAUCUCCGUGGAUGUCGAUAGGGAGAGAAGGCAAGUAUUCAUUGUUCACAACGGAGAUCCCAGUAGUUGGGCCUCCGAAGUUGCAUCGAAAAUCACGGAUCGGAAACAAGACCUGAUUUUCCUGCUGGACAUGCAUGAGCCAUUUCUUUACAAUUUGAAAGAAGAGGCUUUUAUUCGAUUCCAGAACUAUAUUGUGAAUGUCGAAAACAACCGGAUUCUCUGGGUUACUCAUUCGUCGCAAAUGCGCUGUAGCGAUCCUCGAUACGGCCUCACACUGGGAUUUUCUCGGAACCUCAGACGCGAGCUGGGUAUUGAUAUUUCCAUUUUCGAGACUGACGCUUUCGAUACCACUGCAGCGAUGUCCCUGUGUCUUGUAUACGACAAGAUAAACAAUUCACGGGGAACGAAAGGCACAAGUCCAGAGUACGAGUUCUCACACUAUCUGGGCUCUGUGAAUGUUGGGAGAUGCCAUUGGGGGCCUAUGCUGGGCGAUACUGAGGUGACUUCACCUGAGCUAAUUGAGAAAGGCGUACGUAAGUUGGAGAUCAGAUCCACCGGUCUUCUUGAUACUAUGCAGUGGAUACAAUGCCCCGAGGAAAGACUUGAAAAGGACCGAAUCGAGAUCGACAUGAAGAGGAUUGGCGUCAAUUUUCGGGAUCUCAUGGUGGCCAUGGGCCUUGUUGGACACAAAGACCAGAUUGGAUUCGAGGGGAGUGGUUUUAUUCGACGUGUGGGAUCGGAUGUCAAAGGCUUUUCCCCAGGGGAUCGAGUCAUUGUGUGUUACAAAGGGGUUUUCAAAACUCGGAUUACCAUGGAUCCGGAGCACUGCUGGAUAAUUCCCGAUGGCAUUUCACUCGCCGAUGCAGCCAGUAUGCCCACAGUAUACGUUACUGCGAUCUAUUCUUUGAUUGAACUGGGCAACUUGCAGAAAGAUCAGAGCGUGUUGAUUCACUCGGCUUGUGGCGGUGUUGGCCUAGCAAGUAUUCAAAUAUGCAAGAACAUUGGCGCAGAGAUAUUUGCCACUGUAGGUAGUGAGGAGAAGGUCCAAUACCUGAUGGAAAAUUUUGGAAUUCCUCGAAGUCACAUCUUCAACUCUCGGAACAGCACAUUCCUACCAGACCUUUUGCGAGAGACGGAUGGACGAGGUGCUGAUAUUGUUCUAAACUCACUAGCGGGCGAGCUCUUACAUGCUUCAUGGGAAUGUGUUGCCAGCAGAGGGAAAAUGAUCGAACUGGGAAAACGUGAUUUCCUGACGAACGGCACAUUGAGCAUGGCUCCUUUUCUCAGGAACAGAGCUUUCUAUGGCGUGGAUGUAUUGAGCUUGACCGAGGAAAGUCCCCAGUAUGUGACCAAAUUGCUCUUACAUGCUACGGAAUUAUGCGAGCAAGGGAAGGUCAAACCUAUCAGGCCACUCAUGACUUUCCCUGCCAACAAGGUGAUAGAUGCAUUCAGAUACAUGCAGCAGGGUGUCCACAUGGGUAAGAUUGUGAUUGAGAUUCCAGAUGACAUUAGCGAGCUUGAAGUUUCCAACUCUGCGCCUGCCGCUUCGUUUUCACCGCUGGUUUCAUACCUGCUGGUAGGCGGACUAGGCGGUCUAGGGCGGACAAUAUCUACUUGGAUGGUUGAAAAUGGAGCGCGCUACCUGAUAUUUCUGUCUCGUUCGGCUGGACAGUCUGAAAACGACCAGGCAUACAUCAGAGAGCUAGAGGCACAAAGUUGUCAUGUUCAGACUGUAGCGGGGGAUGUGACCAAGCUUUCUGAUGUCCAGAACGCAGUUUCAAAAUGCAUUAAGCCUCUGGCUGGUGUCUUCCAGCUGUCCGUGAAGCUUACUGAUCGUACCUUUGAAAAGAUGACAUUCGAAGAUUGGACCUCUGCUCUUGCCCCUAAAGUCAAUGGAACUUGGAACCUACAUCGCGCCGUUGAGAAGGAAAACCUGGAUUUCUUCGUUGUGUUUGGCUCAAUUGUCGGAGUCAUUGGGAAUAAUGGCCAGAUCAAUUAUGCUGCCGCGAACACGUUUCUUGAUAGCUUCACCCAAUACCGCCGCAAUCUGGGGUUGGCGUCCUCGGCAAUUGCACUGGGUCCGGUAGAAGAUGUUGGAAUUGUUAGCCGAAACCCGGAGCUUCUGCAUGCCGUACGAGUGGUGGGAUCAUAUCUCUUGGAUGAAGGUGAUGUGAUCAAAGGGCUAGAAGCUGCCAUCAACCGAUCGGCCGUUAAGCAAACCGUCCAGAAUGCAUCGGUGAUUGUUGGACUGACACCCUCUAAAUCUUCGGCUGAUUCCACCAUCUGCCCUAACUGGGAGACAGAGGCUCGAUACUCCAUUCAUCGCAAUAUUGAAUCAACUCAAGAUGUCGGUACAGAAUUGAAAAGUGAUAAUCUCAGGGCACUUGUUGCGAAGGUCGAGGAGAACCCCGACAUCCUGGAUGACCCAGAGACUGAACUUACUAUCUCUCGGGAGAUUGGCAAGUUGAUCACCCAGCACAUGGCUAAUGCAGAGGAUAUGAACGAUGAGCAGAUAGCCCAGGUCGCUAUCGAUUCACUGAUGUCAAUUGAGAUUCGGGGCUGGAUACGUCGUAAUCUGGGACUGGAGAUCAGCUUGGCAGAGAUAUCGAAAGCUGGAACUGUUGGAUCACUGGCUAGUCUUGCGGUUGAGAAUCUUCGAGCCAAAUACCGGAAGCCUUGA